ACUGCGCGGUGCUUAAAUCUAAGAUUCUAGGUUGAUAACCAAGCUGCAGCAUUUCCAGCACUUUGAGAUACGUAUGGAGACAAAUCCUGGAGUUCCGGUUGUAGUUGACAGAAAACAGCAAACAGUAAGUGCUUGUCAAUGUGUAGUGGUAAAAGUGCAAAGGGCCCCAAUUUAGAUGUCUACUUCUGGAAGGAAAGAACGUUGGCGGAAAAACACUAAAGAGGAAAGGAAGGCACAGAAAUCACGCAGAAGAAAGAGACGUGCCCAGUUACAGCGACUGGAGGAAGAAAAGAAAGAAAGUGCUUUGGUUGAACUCCAAGAAGUAAAAAGAUUAAGGCACGAGGCAGAGCAAGUAGCUCAGAAACAUCAAGAUGAAGUUGAAGGACUCAGACUAGCCAGACAUGAUGUUCAGCUGAAGACAGUCACGUUUGGCAAGAAAGCACUAACACGUGGGUUUGUCAGUACUUUUGUCGAUCAUGGCAUUCCAGUUGAGGUACCCAAGCUCAAUAGAAAAGACAUCAGCACUGCACAUGGUAAUUACAAAGAAAUUGGAUCAGGGAAAUUCAGUAAUUGCUAUCUAGGAAUAUAUCGAGGAGUCUAUGUUGCUGUGAAGUCGAUAAAAGAAUCUGUUGUGAGUAAAGAUGCAGUGGAGAAAGAGGGUGCUUUAUUGAUGUCUCUAACUCAUCCUGGGUUGCCUCAUAUAUUUGGAAUCUGCAUUGACUGCAGCCAUACCUGA